AUGGGACAGCGGUUUUUGUAUCAAAAAGUUAUAGAACUUUCGAAUGAUUUGAAAAAUCUAAUUCCGGUUGGCACUUUAAACUUCAUUGACUUGCCAUUCAACCAUUCAGAUUUGGGCGGCAUCAAGGUAAUUGAUAAUGGAAAUCAAAAUGGCAAGAUAGGUGAAGAGCAAAAUUAUGGCUGGAAUUGGUUGGAUAUUGACUUCUUUGUUUAUAUAUGCAAAGAACAUGUGCAUCCCAUAGUUAAGUAUGUCCAGUUUCUUAUCGAUUUCAGAUAUGUUAUGGCUACAUUCAAAUUUGUAAAGUUGCAAAUAUAUCCAAAGUCAUCGUCAUAUACAACCAUAUGUAAGGUCAGGCUAUAUUGUAUCCCGGCUGAUAUCCCAGGAGCUCGGUUUUUAACCGAAUGGAGAUUGCUGAAGCCAAAGAAUUUAAAUUUAGAAAGGAAAUUCAGCGAUAUAUGGUUUAAACUUCUUGAAGUGUUGGAUUAUUCAAAUAAAGGUUGGAACUGUAUCUUUUCAAACCAUACAUUGAGUAAGUAUAUCAGUAAUGGUGUAUUGUUAAUACCUACUAUGCCUGCAAGUCAUGAUACGGCAUACGAGAUCCGGAACAACUUAGAAACUAAUUUCCAUAUUGAUCGAUGGACUCUGAACAGACCAUUUGUGGGCUAUUCUAAACGCCAUUCGAAGGUUACGGAAGAGUCAUUUGGUACUAAAGUUCUGCAGAUUUAUAAUAAUAUUGUUUCACCAGACUUGACUGAAUACGAAAAUAAACAAAGCAAUUUUAAAGAAUCCAAUUUGUUACCAAAUCCGGAGGACGUUAUUAUCGAAUUACUACGUAAAUCAAAGAAUGGCACACAUUCAAUAAAUGGUGUUGUUUCUCAACUAUAUCCAUUUCAAGUCACGUCUGUAUGUAUAAUGCUUGAAAAGGAAUCCAUUGAUAGAAAGGCUUUAGUACCGAACUUUAUUCAAAUCAUGUCUCCUGGCUCAGGAAUCCACUACUACUUUGAUAUGGAUAGCAAAAGCUUUUAUUCCAAACCAGAAUUGUACUCUCUACCUAAGGGUGGUAUUUUAGCGGAGAAUAUGGGAUUGGGAAAGACGCUUAUAUGUUUGAGUCUCAUAUGUUUGACAAAAUGUGAUAUAUCUGGAAUUCCCCAGUCGUAUUUAUUGUAUAGCGAAGAUGAUAAUGAUGAGAUAAAUACAGAGGCUUCAGCCAAAUAUAAUUCAAGGCCAAUUCAUUCUUUGAAGACGCUAGUUGAUUUAUGUAAGGAAUGCAUAAAUCAAAACUCUUUACCUUGGAAACAUUACAUAGAUGAUAUUCCAACAUCUGUGGUUAAUCGAUUAUCAAGCUCUCCUGGUUAUUUUAGAAUUCCUUUUGAAAACCAUGACUAUGACUCUACAUACAGUUUGAGAACUCGGAAGACAUCAACCAGGCAUAAGUCUAUAGAUAAUUAUCUGUCUCCAGAAGGAAGAAUCUAUCGAACACUUUAUUUGUGUAAUACUACCUUAAUAAUAAUUCCCGAUAACCUUUUUCAUCAAUGGAAUAAUGAAUUGAAAAAGCAUGUUGAUCCAUCAUUUCUUGAUAAACUAUUUGUUUCAAACCAAUUCAAGAAGCCAAUGUGUUCCCAAAACUCGACUUUCGUGAGUGAACUACCUGAUGAUCCAAAAGCUUUGGUAAAAUUUGAUUUGAUUCUUAUAACACAUUCCUUGCUUGCAAAGCAGUUUGGAAAUCCAAAUAAAUAUGACAACCCGUUAGAUAUGGUAUAUUGGAAACGCCUAAUUAUUGACGAAGGACAUAGCGUACAGGCCAAGAAUUCUAGGACGAGUUUGCUUUGUAAAAGUUUACAUUCUGAAAGACGCUGGGCUGUAACAGGUACACCUACCUCUGGUUUAACAAGAUUACACAUGGAUGAAGAACAAACUGAAACAUCGGAGAAAAAAUCUGGAAAUGAAUUGAAAAAGAAUCAUUAUGUUGUUAAGAGUAAGUUUAACGAAAGAGAGGAUUUGAUUAAAUUGGGAACUAUAGUAAGUAAUUUCCUUAAAAUUGAACCUUUUCACUCUCAAUCUAAGGCAUGGUCAAAUACAAUAAUAAAACCUUUAUCUUUAAACUCGUAUGGCUCGACUGUAAGUUUAUCGAAUUUGCUAAAUGCUAUCGUUGUUAGACAUGCUUUAAAGGACAUAGAACAGAAUUUAAAAUUGCCUUCACUACAUCACGAACCAGUGUUUUUGAACCCAUCUUAUCAUAACAAAAUUGCAAUCAAUUUAUUCACAGCAGUGUUAGCGGUGAAUGCUGUUUCCUCCGAAAGAAUGGAUGUUGAUUAUAUGUUUCAUCCAUCUAAUCGUCAGCAACUUAGGAGAUUAAUCACUAAUUUACAAAGGGCAACUUUCCAUUGGACUGGGUUUAAACAACAAGAUAUAGAAACUUUAAUUCACAUCUGUAAUUUGUCCUUAAAGAAAAGAAAGGCGAGCGGCAACUCAGUAUACAGCGACUAUGAUAUUUCCCUAUUAAAAAAGUCUAUUGAAGCCUCUAAAAUAGCAUUAAAUAAUCCAAGGUGGAGAACUAUUGCAUUAUUACAUGAAAUGAAUUAUUAUGUCUCCGGUUUGCCUGACAUUUUUACUAAGAAUUUUGGAACAGGGGUCUUAGAAGUAGCAGAUAAAAAUGGAAAGCGUGAUGAUAUUAGUGUAUUUGGAGCUCCUCAUCUCAAUGCUAUCCAAGAGUUCUUUUAUAAGAAUAGGUUCAUGGAUAUGAACAAUGAAGAAGCGUUGCGGUCUAAAUUAGAGUUGUCCUCUAAACCAUUUUGGUCUUCCUAUUGGGAAGACAAUAUGAAACGAAAUUCUGAAAGAUUUAACAAGCAAGAUAAUAAUCAAGACCUUAACUCGAAUGUCAAAGCAGAAGAAAUAGAAAAUGCUAUUAAUGUUCCAAAUAUUGUUAAAAACUUCACGCCAGGAUAUGAAUCACAAACACCUGUAUUGUCAACUCCGAAGUCUAAUAAUCCUCAUGGAAGAGCGACAGAUGUAAGUCCGAAGGAAAAAUUAGUCAGACAAGAUGGUGACGGCUUGAAACUCACAGAUGAAAUCAAAACAAACCAAUCGCUAGACGACCACAAUAUGAAUUACCAGUCUAUUAAAGCUGCUCGAAUUUUAGGUACUGCCUCUGCUAAACUUUCGUACCUUGCAAGCCGAUUGCUUGAGCAUCAACAAGAAAAGAUAAAAUCACUCGUAUUUUUUGAGUUUGAAGAUAGUGCCUAUUACUUGACAGAAUUGUUGGAAGUAUUGGGUAUCAAAUAUAUUCUAUACGCAACUUUUAUCAAUCCAUCUCAACGUACCAAUAAUUUGGCAGAGUUUAGUAAUUUUCCCGGAGGAGUGACUCUAAUCAUGGAUUUGCGAUUGGCUUCUCAUGGUUUAACUAUUAUUUCAGCAACCAGGGUAUAUUUUAUCAAUCCUGUAUGGCAAAGGUCAAUUGAAGCUCAGGCAAUAAAAAGAGCCCACAGAAUUGGGCAAACAAAAGACGUUUAUGUGGAAACUUUAGUAUUGAAAGGGACAUUGGAAGAAGAAAUAUAUAGAAGAAGAUCAGUCGAUGAAGAGUCAGUAGAUUUUGGAAGGGAGGACACUGAUAAAUUACAAAAAAGAUAUGUUAUAGACGAUACCGGAAUGCAAGAGUUUAUAUUGAGGCAUAAUUUUUUAGAACAUGAGGCUAAUGAACAAGAAUUUGCAACAAUUGUUGCGCCAGCGAUAAAUUCUAAUGCAUCCAUAACUGGAGAUGUGGAAAACUUGAACCUGGAAUAUUCCUUACUUAAACACAAGGAUAUACUUAAACACACAACAGGUUCUUAUUUGUUGAAGGAAUGGAACGCUUACCUUUUUAAUGAAGAUAAUUUGGCACUCUUAAGUAACAUUAAAAACCAAAAGCUUAACAAAAAUUUUGCACAAAGCGAAUUCCUUCGAAAAUUUGUCGACUCGAACGAACAAGAUACGGAGAUGAAAACCAAUUACGAUAAGGUUCAGACGCAUGUUGAUGGUCCCUAUCGUAAAAAGGUACGGUUUUAA